AAGAGGGAGGGAAGAUGAGAUUAGAAAAGAGAAGAAAAUAGGAAGUUGGGACUGACCGACUCGAGAUGGAUUCUCUUCACCGUCCUUUUCAGUCAAUAAUACUUGCAACAUUUUCUACUAUUCCAGAUUGCAAUUUGAAUAAAUACAAUUCAGAGAGCAUCCAAACAUGACUUGUAAAAGCAACCAACCUUCUUCUUACUUCUCUUUCUACUGUCUUCUUCUUUUUUCCUCUUAACUCAUCAAAAUAUUCGUAACCCAGAAAGGAAAUCUCAUUCUAGAGAGAAAAAGAUAAAUAGAAAGGCUUGGAUUUUGUGUGUGUUUGAGAGAGAGAAUGGUGGGAAUUUUUUCUAGAAUUUCAGGCAUCAGAACUGGGCAUAGAAGGUCACAGACUGCUGUUUACGGAAGGGAAACAGUACCACCAAAUGCAGAAUCAACGAGUUCUGUGGCUGCUGCUGCCGCCGCCCAUGGGCUUGAAGUUGCAGUGGAGUUUAAGCCAGUCGAACACCCGAUUGAGCCUCUAGACACUGAUCAGCCAGUCAGAUGUCCAUUGCCUGAACCUUCAAUUCUAAAUGAUGGAACAAUAUGGAAGGAACGGCUGUCAGCAAGCAUGGGAAGGAGGUCCGACUUGCCAGUUGUGAGGGAAGGAGUACAUUCUGAAUCCGAAGCAGCAGCUGGAACAAAGCCACGGUCAGUCCCGGCUCGUCGGUCACGCCUACCAUCGUCCAUCAGUGCUCCUGAGAAUGACCUCAUAAAUAUGCUGGAAGAAUGCAGAGCAGCUGCAGAUUAGAUUUUGUAUGGUAUAGCAUUGCAUUGAUAUAGGAAUAUAAGAUAUGGCUGUUUGUUUCUGUUUUGCUAUCUUUGAUAUAUUUUUGCUCCAUGUAAUUUUUCUCUUAUCUUUUGAAAUUCCUACGAGACUAUUCAAAUAGGGAAUGGAAAGUACAAAAACAUAAACUCAAAUCAUCUCCUUUUCACAUUGUAUAACUGAAAACCUUUGUAAAACCACAUGGUUCUGCCGGACAUUUUCUUGAGAGAAAUGGGUUUUUCUUGGUUUGACCUGAA